AUGUAUUUCAAAGUGUCUGUUAAUAUUCAAAUAGGUAAUAUACCACAAUGGAUUUCAAAUUCGUUAUUAAUUUCUGGUAUAAAUAAAGCAAAAAUUCCUGAUGCUGAUUUUUCUGGUGCAUCCGGGGAUGUUGGCCAUAUAGCAUGUCAAAUUGCACGUGCAAUGAAUGCAUAUAUUGUUGGAAUAUGUUCAACUCAAAGUAGAAUAAAAUUUAUUCCAUAUCUUAAUUUAGAUUUUCUUAAAUCAAAUCAAUCAAUUUAUUUAACAAUUGUUGGUAAUAAAAUAUCACGAAAUAUUUUAGGUGGUAUAAUAUCAUAUUUAUUUACUUCUAGAAUGAUUUUACGAUCAUUAAAAUCAAUAAUUGGUCUUGGACCACGUUAUUAUUAUAUUAAUUUAUCAUCUAAAAAAGAAAAUAUUGAUCAAAUAUUUUAUAUGUUUAAUAAAGGCAUUAUUAAAUCUGUAAUUGAUUCUAUUUUUCAAUUUAGUAAUCAUGUAAAACAAGCUUAUGAACGUUUAGAUACUAGUCGAGUUAAAGGAAAAGUUGUUACUGAUUUUGAUAAAUAA